GAAGAAGACGCGCUAGGUAAAACAUGGCGACUGUUGUGGUUAGCACCAUGGUGCAGAGGCAUUAACUCACAUCCAGAGAUAAAAGCGAGGACAUUGCGGUGCGGGCGGCCGAACGACCGACUUGGCGAGAAGUGAGCUGGACGAUGGACUACGGCGUGGCGCGGAGGUUUUCGUGCCCGACGCCGAGGAGGGUGUCCUCGGAGUACGCUCAGUCUAACGUUAGCUUGCAAGAUGGCGAGUGCGCCAAAGCGCUCCAUCCCACCCCGGGAGAGGCGCUUCCCACCCGAAUGGAAUUUUCAGGAGACGGCCCCGGUGCCCGGAGUUCGUCGGUGGUGGUCCACCAAAGGCACAUGCCGAAGGAACCUGCCAAAUUCCACAUUCCGAGGAAGUCCAAAGAGAAAAAAGAGCUAUUGAAAACUAUCUCCAUCGAGUCGAGGGAGCACGAGGGGGUGAUGAACAUCCUGACGGCCGGCUACGUUGACACUGCCUCAGCCGGCUGCUUCACCUACAGCUGUCCCCGAUUAGUCCAGAGCGAGCAGCUGGAGAGAGAGUUUGUGGAGAAGAGGAGGGAGAUGAAGGCAGAGAGCCGGACGGAGAAGGAGCUGGAGGAGAGUUACUGCUUCCUGUUGACUGACGAAGCCAAGGUGCCAUGGCUCUGCGAAAAAGGCCUCAUUGUGGGACAAAACUGCAAGUCAACGCUGGGAGACCCCAAUAAAGGAGUGUAUUUGUGCAGGUACUCCGACUUAAUUCAGGCUCAGCCGUUAUACCACGGAGCCUCAGGCCAGAUCCUCAUCUUCAAAGUCAUGAAGGGUAGAGUGAAGAGCAUUUACGAGAAUCUGAAAAACGUGCUGGACCCCACGCCUCGCUUCGACAGCCACCUCUCCAAGAAUGCCAGCGCGGUCACGUCUGUCACAUGCUUCCGGGCCUUCGACUACACCCAGCACUACUUUUACGAGUACACCUUCGACGAGUUGAGACCGCGCCCCCGCCAAGUGUGCCCCUACGCUGUGGUUUCCUUCCACUACAAAGGGAAAGACUCGCCUCUUCCCACUAUGCCGCUGGCUCCUGUCAGGCAGAACAGUUGGCCCGGAGAAGCGAGUAAAGAGCCGGGGAAGUUUACUGUAUGGAGCGGCGAAUUGGUGCACAAAGGCGUGAGCGUCUUCCCCUUCUCUCUGCGCUCUUCCUCGCUGCCCUUCCUCCCGCACAAACUGCCCGAGCGACUCGAAAUGGGGCGCUUGAUGAAGCAGGACGAGUUGGUCCAACUGGUCUCGCCGACGCUCUUCUCCUACAAUGUCUACGGAAGCAGCAAGGAAGUGGUGACGAAGGGCCUUCACUGCAGCCUCCUGGAGGUGGUGAACAGAAGUCGCUUGACCGGCAGUGGCAUUUGUAGUAUCAGCACGCUGUUACAACAGUUGGAGGAGAAGAGAGUGGUUCUGGUGAGCAAACUAAGUGAGCGAGGCUUCGUCUUCCUGCUGUCCAGUGCUCAGAUGGCCACGCCCCCCGAGAGAGGGAAAAAUUGGAAGAGGUGUCUCCAGGCUCUGUUCGUCUUCCCAGAGAGCAGACGAUUGAACAAAUCCACAUCCAGUUGUGCCUCCUCCGCCACCUGUCACGUUGGGGGCGCCAUGGCAGGACUGAAGCACUUCAUCCCGGCUCUUCAUCACGCCCUUAUCCGGAGUCAGGCCAAUCCCGCGUCAGAACUCGCGACUGGCGUGGAGCUCCAAGCGCAAGAGUACCUGGUCGGCCAGAAGGACAGCAAGGUGCCAACUCACAAAAUGGCCGAGUACGAUGUGAAAGCAGACGAUGCGGCCAACCCCUGCCCGGUGCCCAAGCGCCACCCGCUCAACGCGGACGGCUUCCUGCGCACGUAUAUUCACCAUCCGGCGCGCUACCAGCUGUCGGCGUCCCACGCUAGGAAGAUGGUUGAGCUGCACUGUGAAAACUGGGAGCCCACCCCCAGGAAAGAACGCGACGGGCCCAGCGGCAACACGCGCCAGAUCCAGCAGCUGAUGGACUUGGUGAUGACCUGCAAGAGAAACGCCGAGAACGAGGUCAAGCGCGAGGAGGCGCGAAGCGCGGGGAACAAAAACCCCAGCAGAAAGCGCGGAAUGGAGCAGAAGGCGGCCGAGCGAGCCAUCAAGUACUUGAAGGCCUCGUACCGCGUGGCAGAAGGGGACCGGCUCCCAGCGGGAGAUGGACGAGCCGCGACCCUCCCCGGCUCGCUCGCCGCCGCCAUUCAGUCGGUGGGACUUCCGGGCGUGUCCGUGCGGGAGGAUGGAUCGGAGCUCGCCGGCAGGCUUCGUAAAAUGCUGACAGGUCUCAAGCAGGCAGCCAGAGCGGCGCCGUCCCGAAGCCAGAGCUGCGAGGGUCCCGACAACGGCCAGACUGAGGCGUCCCCGUUCGACCGUCUGGCCGCCAAAAUGGGCCUGCCGGCCAACCGCGACAUUGACCUGAGGAAGCAGGACGAGCUGGAGGAGCAGACGGCGGGCAGCGUGAGCAGCCUGGAGGGCUUCAGUCCCAGCGGGGAGAGCUUUCACCAAGACCCGCGAGGAAAGCGAGCGUACGACGAUGACGACGACGACUUAGCGGACAUUCCGUGGAGGCUCAUUCCGAUCACAGGUCUGCGUUCGGACCGCAACUCGCAGAAGGACCGCGAGCUCCCCCGGGACCCUCGUUGCCAGCCUCCACCAGACAACGCCUCGUCCCCCGAGGCCAGGCCCCUGCCGAGCCCCCCUCCGUCUCCCGUGCUCAGCCCGCCCGCCUCGCCCGAAAGGUGCCCAUCCCCCACGCCGUCCCCGGAGCCCAAACCCACACCCUCCCCCGAACCCCGUCGUAUGCCGCCCCCAGAUAUCCGUCUCCCCCCUUCUCCCACCAAGUGCCCACCCCCGGAUGUCUGCCUCUCCCCUUCUCCCGCCAAAUGCCCGCCCCCAGAUGUCUGCCUCCCCUCUUCUCCCGCGAAAUGCCUGCCCCUGGAUGUCCGCCCCCUUCCUUCUCCCGCCGAAUGCCCGCCCCCGGAUGUCCGCCCCCUCCCUUCUCCCGCCAAGUGCCCGCGCCCGGAUGUCCGCCUCCCCCCUUCUCCCGCCAAGUGCCCGCCCCUGGAUGUCUGCCUCCCCUCUUCUCCCGCCAAGUGCCCGUCCCCGGAUGUUCGCCUCCCUUCUCCUGCCGAGUGCCCGUCCCCUCGAUCGUUGCCUGUCCAAACUCGGGAGGCCCCGCCUCCACCCUGUCCGGAACUGGAAAACCACGCAGACCAGCAGCAGAUUGCACCGCCCAUCUCCACAUGUGCAGGAGAACUUGCCACAGUUCCGUCGACAGUAAUCCCCACGACCGCCGAAGCGGACGGCAAACCGAACGGGGACGUCUCGGGUACCCAGGAAGAAAACCCCAAGGGGAAAGUGUUGUAUGUCGUGGACUUGACUAUGUCCUCCGAGGAGAGCGACGGCUGCGAGCUUACGGCCGGCCCGCUGCCGCCGGACAUCGACCGCAUCCUGGACCGGAAUCUCAACAGCUUCUCGGCCGACAUGCACCUCAUCUUGCGAGAAGAGAGCAUCCAGUGUGGCCUCGCCGAAGCGGGCCUCGGCCGUCCCGACCACCCGCGGAACCCACCCUCACCGCCGCCGUUGCGCUUUUCACGUUAUGUGUCUCUGUUUCACCCGUGCCCGCCCGUUCAGGGCUACGUCAGCUCACUCCAGGAAGCCAUCGGCGGCGUGUUGCGAGACUCGGACCGAGCGUCCGACGAGCCCGAGUCGGCGCUCGCCAGCACCGUCAGCGCCUUUGUGUCCAGCAUAAGAGCCGGAACGGACGAGGGCGGCUCGGAAAGCGCCGAAGCACAGCGAGGAAUUGCGGCGGACGGACAGUUUUUUGACGCCGCUCCUGUACAUCCUGACCCGACGACUCCGUCCCCGCCGUCUGAAACGGACCCCCUUGUCCUUCCGCCGCCCGAAGCCAUCAACUCCGUCCUCCGGCAGUUGAGGCCCGAAGUCCUCAGCAACUUGUGCGACAUCAUCAAAGACGUCCAGAAAAGUUCCUUGGUGCAGUUCUACAUGCACGCCGUCUCGCCGGAUGACCAGGUCUUCAGGGAUGUCAAGGAAUACCUGAAGCAGCAGGGAUACGCUGAGCAAGACCCCGUUUCCUUCUUAAAACAAGAAGUUUCAGAUAACAAACUUCUGGUCAUCAUCAAGAACAAAGACAUACCGGAGCACAUUCACGAGAUUCCGGGUCUGAUGUCUCUCAAGCAGCACGAAUCGGUGGUCUUCAUGGGCAUCAACACGCUGGACGAACUCAAGUCGGAAACUCACACCCAGCUUUUCAACAGUGGCGGCUGCAUCCUAUCCGAAGACCUCAUCCUCAACCCUGACCUGGUCACUCCCGAUCAACUAGAUGCUGCUUUGUCGCUCUUGGAGCAGAGGAACUCUCCGGAAAUUGUCUGGAGAUGGAAGGUCCACAGCAAACCCCUCAAGAAACUUAAAGAGAAAGCCCGCUUCCGGAGAGACGCCGCCGGUCUGCUGAACGUCAUUUUGAAGCACCACCAGCAGAAGAUCAUCGAGGUCAUGCCGCAACACCACUGCGACAACAACGGUCAGCCGUCGCCCGACCUGGACUGUCUGAUCCAACAUCAGGCCAAACACGUCCGCUUCAGGCACACCGUCUUCCUCAGAGUACACUGCUUGGACUUCAUGCAGUACUCCAAGAGCGGCAUCAUCGCGGCCAGCUUGGACGAGAUGCUGCGCAAUUUUGACGCCGUGCUCGGUCACCGCGACGGCAAAGAUGAGCCGACCGCCGCCAAGGAGCCCCAGGCUGCCGAAGAUCCGUCACAUUUUCCGACGUUUACCCACAAAGCGAGCACUCCGCCCCCGGAUGGCAAAGAGAACGCAAACGCUACGGCGCCGCCAGACCGUCCGCUCGAACAAAGCCUCCCCCUUUCGGCAGACGGGCAGAAUUUUGAGACCUCGAUGGAGGAAUGCGAAACUCAACACUCUGACAAAGACAUUCGACUUCUGCACAUGGCAAUUUCACAUUUGAGAGCGCAGAUGCAACAGAAACAGGCUUCAGACAGCGACGGAAAAGCGGCGGCCGUGGUUGAAACGAUACCUGAUGUGGAAGCGGCGCCGCCAGCCGACGAGAACCACGGUAAAGACGACGACGCUGACAGGAAAGAAGAGGCAGGGGCUUCCAGAGAAAGCACAGCGGAUGACAGCUUCUCUUCCAGUUCCCCUCCCCGUCUCGUGGUGGACGAGACCGCCAGACUCUCAGAAUCCGACAAGGAAAAGUCACCGAAGAAAAACGUGAACAAGCGCCCCCGCCAGAGUCCGCCCCGAGCCCGUCCCACUUUCAACCAACAUCAGCAAAGGCGGAGGGGUGACAACCACAACCACUAUCAGAACCACCAUUUCCACAAUCAGCAACAGCCUCAACGCUACGCUAAUUUUUAUUCAGACUUACACAGAAACCCCGGAUGGGCGGAGCAACAGCCCGGUCGAGGCUUUUCAAAUUGGCACGGCGGCUACUGGGGGUGGCAGCAAGGUCGAGGGCGAGGAGGAGGCUUCAACGGCAUGUAGAACCCCGAAACGGAACUUUGAAAGGUGCUCAGAUGCAUUUUUUCCACACGAGUCUAUUAAAAAAAACACACAAUAGUUAUUAGCAUUGCUGCCAGAUCACAUGUAAAUUCACCCCCCUGACAAAGCAAAAUCUUAACUAUUCACAGGUGAAAAGUUUAGAAUGGACUUUCCUCAAGCUAGAUGUUUAAGAAAAGGUUUGUUUUUUUUCCCCUGUAAGAGGCUGUUAAAUGUUUUUUUAACUUAAAUGUUUUCUAUGACUGCAUUUUUUUCUAUUUACAUUUAAUUGUUAAUAAAACUUUAGAAAAAACAUGGUCAGGUAUAAUCAUUUUCUGACAUCCGUAUCGUUAAUAGGGGUAUGACACUAUAUCGAAAAGGUGAUAUAUCGCAAUACUUUGUAGCCCAAAAGGUUAUCGAUAUGCUUCCACCAAGAAGCGAUAUGUCAUUUUAAAAAGGUGACACUGGUGUU